AUGGAUUGCCCGACGGCAUACAACGUCAUAAUAGGACGAACAACACUCACCGGGAUCAAGGCAUAUCUGUCUCCCCACAUGUUACUCAUGAAAUUCCCAACCUGCCACGGCACAAGUGCAAUCCAAGGAGACCAGUUGAGUGCACGAACCUGCUAUGCGACGACGCUAAAAUCAGCAGCCCUCAAACCUCCCAGGGAGACCCUAACUGUCCAAGGGACACCGAAUAGUAGAAGACCUGUUGACAACCUAAGAAACGAGGCUCUGAUGCCGCAAGCGCAGCCUGCAAAGGAUUUGGAAACAAUCAUCUUAAACGAAGAUCAACCAGACCGAUGCGUAAAGAUUGCACCACACUCACCCUAG